AGUAAUGGCGUCCGUAGCGGACACACAAUUUUCUUACUGUUUGCCCGUUGCGUUUAAAUUUACAUAUUUCGAGUAUAACGCCGCAGUUGUCGAUACUUUCGUCGAGUAAUGGCCCCUUCGCUUUCUAUAAUUGGUUGAUCGAUUUCAAAAAACGUUUUUCUAUAUUCGGUGAAAAUAAGUGGUUGUGUACAUUCUAAGGGUUUUACAGUGCGACAGCAUCAAAGAAAAUUUUAUUCGCAAUUAACGAGCAGGUUGUUUCAUCACGUUUCGUAAACGUAUUUUAUUUCGCGUUGAAAGAGCUUAGGAGUUAAAUAAAGUUUGCGUUUGUCGUGGUUGCUCUCAUUUUUCUAGAAAAUAUAUCGUCUAACCUUCGUUGCCAUUCCAAUAUUUCUGAAAGCGAGUUCUAGCUGCUCGUUUACGUGUAUCGAAUAUUUAGUCGUAUGUUAAUGAACCGAUCAAAGAAAACUUGAAAUCUGCGAUAAUAGGAAUAAACAAGAAUUAGAAACUGCAAUGGAUUCUGCAUAGCGACUUCAAGCAGUAUCAAGCAACGAAUAUGUUUGUUCCUUAUUAUCUGUUUCGACUAUAUUUUCUUUUACAUGUUUGAAUUAGUCGUAACAUCCCUUAAAUUAUUUCGCUAUGUCUGCAAAUACCCAAUUUGCGACUCCUCCGCCAGCCAUAAGUUUACCUAAUAUGUCGGUGCCACCUCCCGCUGCUCCUAAUUUAUCGGCUCCACCUCCUAAUUUAACUACUAUAAACACCUCUGGAAGUUACCAACACCGGUACAUCAACCACCGUGAUGGAGCUCGUGGUUUCUUUAAACCGUUCAGACCUUAUCAUGCUCCCAAAAUUGUUGCUGCCGGUCAAGACACUCUGCAAGACGAAUUCGAUGGGAAAAGACUUAGAAAAUCUGUUAUGCGCAAAACAGUCGAUUACAAUUCCGCUAUUAUAAAAAGUUUAGAGAAUCGAAUUUGGCAGAGGGACUAUCGGGACAGGCGUGCUCUUCAGCCAGAUGUAAUGUAUUAUCCUGAUUUACUCCCACCACCCAGUUACGUUGACAACCCCAUAAAUGCAGUUACCACAAGAUUCGUGAAGACUGCGACAAAUAAAAUGCGUUGUCCGAUCUUCUGUAUGGCUUGGACACCGGAGGGGAGACGUCUGGUUACCGGUGCAUCUAGCGGAGAAUUUACUCUGUGGAACGGCCUUACCUUUAAUUUUGAAACUAUUCUACAGGCACACGAUAGUCCAGUAAGAACAAUGGUAUGGUCGCACAACGAGAGCUGGAUGGUCACAGGAGAUCAUGCAGGCUACGUCAAGUAUUGGCAGAGCAACAUGAACAACGUCAAGAUGUUUCAGGCGCACAAAGAAGCGAUUAGAGGACUCAGUUUCAGUCCAACGGAUCACAAGCUGGCAACGUGCAGUGACGAUGGAACAGUCAGAAUAUGGGACUUUCUUCGCUGUCACGAAGAACGAAUUUUGAGGGGUCAUGGAGCUGAUGUGAAGUGCGUGCACUGGCAUCCACAAAAAAGUCUAGUCAUCUCUGGGAGCAAAGAUAAUCAGCAACCGGUCAAAUUAUGGGAUCCAAAGAGCGGGCAAUCGCUUGCAACAUUACAUGCACACAAGUCGACGGUCAUGGACGUUAAAUGGAACGAAAAUGGAAAUUGGCUGGUAACGGCUUCGAGGGACCACUUGCUCAAGCUGUUCGACCUUAGGAAUUUAAGCCAAGAGGUUCAAACGUUUCGUGGCCACAAGAAAGAAGCCUCCAGCGUCGCGUGGCACCCGAGCCACGAAGGCCUGUUUUGUAGCGGUGGUAGCGACGGAGCUAUUUUAUUCUGGCACGUUGGAGCUGACAAAGAAGUUGGUGCGAUAGAACAGGCUCACGACAGCAUAGUCUGGACGUUAGCUUGGCAUCCGUUGGGUCAUAUUCUGUGUUCCGGUAGCAACGACCAUACUUCGAAGUUCUGGACGCGAAACAGGCCUGGCGAUUUGAUGAGGGAUAAGUAUAAUCUCAACACGUUGCCUGCGGGAUCUGCAGGCGUCGACGAUCACGAAAUUGCUGACGAAGCGGCCGUAAUACCUGGCAUGGGACCAGAAGACAGAAUCAACGCCGAUGGCGAGCCAGAGGACAAAAGCGGCGGAAUUCCAGGAUUGGACUUGGACCACGCGGUCGACGAGGGGAAGAAGUUCGCCAACAAGAAAGUUCCGUACAGCAAGCCCAUCCCAAGAAAUUUCCAAGCGCAAUGGAACGAAAUGGAGGCGGAGGACAUGGAGCAAGUCGAGGCUUUGAACGCAUUUGUGAAUCAGUUGAUCGAAACUACACCGGGAGCGGUGCCUCUGAACGAAGUGACACCUAAUGGUAUUAUAUUGUAUGGAAAAAUGAUCCCCGUGGAGCCUGGCUCCAAGCUAGCGGAAGCCAUCACCAAAGGAAACGACGCAAUAAAUAAGCUGGUGUUCUCCGGGGAAAUCGAAGAAUUGCGUGACGUCGUGGGCCCACCGGACAACGUGGAUGAAUCUGAAGAGUAUCUGCAAGACGAUGGCGAGAUAGACUAUUCCAAGGUUCCCGAUAUUGAACUUCCUCCGCCUCUGCCUAGUUCCAAGUUCGCCCAAAAUCCUGAACUUCUCAAAUCCCUGAACCGCGGUGGUAAAAGGAAAUUUGAUCAGCUGAUCGGCUGGAGCGACGGCGGGGCUAGCGAUCGUACAUCGAAGAUUCAUCAACCAGUUUUCGGAGGAAUAAUGACGGAGGAUUCCCAAUCCAGCGACACCGAUUUGAGGUACACUGGGGGAAAGUCCAAUCAGCACUCCGGCGAGAACAAUUCUUAUGGCGGACACGACGAGGAUCUCAGGAAGCUCUCCCACGGGGAUAACGCGAGAAACAUGAAUCGCGGCGACGAAGACAUGCGGUUCAGCAUAUCCAGUGGACCUGGCAGGCCUAGCUCGCGUUCCGAUUACGAUAUAAGGAGCAAUUACUCCGAUAAAGACUUUAGAAGUUCACAUGGGUUCCCGUUGAAGAAACCCCUGGAUAACGAUUACGACGACAGAGAUAGUGGUUCGCGAUGGGACGACGAUAAAUCGAUGAACGAUGGGCCCCGCAAAGGGGACAGUUUCUCGAGCAACUUCGACAAACGCGAUAAUAUGCCGUUGGGCAUUGGCCCUGGUAUGAGUAAUAACAUGCCCCACUUAGGCAACAGCAUAUCCCACAUGUCCAGUCACCACAAUAUGCAGAACAUCAAUCCCAACAUGCCCCCUCCGAUUCCGAGUUUAGUCCCACACCCGAACAUGUCUCAGCAUCCUAUGCAGAACAAACCUCUGCAUCCUGGUAUGCAAGGAAUCGACGGUCCUAUGCACAUGAUGCAUCAUCCUAACAUGCAUCCUGGCUUUGGACCGAACGGUCCACCCCCUGGAGGGUUUGGUCUUAACUUUCGACCACCACCCAACGGUAAUUUCGGACCGAAUCAACACUUCAGGCCCAACCCGUUGCCCUUGUUUGGGGCGAAUCAAGGUCCAUUCGGUAACAACUUUCAAGGUUUACCGAACUUUCGAGGGCCUAACGCUGGCCCUCCGAAUUUCGAUCGACCAGGCUUUGGGCCUGGUUUCCGUGGCCAGAAUCCUGGUCAGAACGCGCCAAAUAAUUUUAACUCGAACUUUGGUAAUUUCGGGAAUAAGCUGGGACCGCCCAGUCGUGGUCCUAUGAAUCGUGGCCCCAACGACAAUAACAUGGGCAGGAGUGGAUACAACAAUCGUGGCAGAGGACGCGACGGCGAUUCCUCGCGAGGUAUCAGGGGAAGAGAUUAUUGAAACAAUCGUUCAAGUGUCUCUAUGUUAUGAACGUUGGCCAGACUGUAGUUUGUCCCUGCACGAAGCAGCGUUAUUCCUCGUGCAGGCUGUACAGUCGCCGAUGAUGAGUUAUGGCGUGGAACGUGGUGGUACUAUGUAAGCAUCGCGGUGCAGGCUAACGACCCAUGUCGGACGCGUUGCGAGCCGUUUUGUACUCUCUGAACUGGGCGUUACGCGCAGCGUACUUGGAUGAAAGUAUAUUUUUUUUCGAGAAACUUUAUUUGAGAGAGCUAUUCUUUUCCUGCGAAGCGAACCGAUUGCAUUGUCCAACGCGAACUUUCAUUUUGCUAUAGCCAUUGGAUCCUUGAUGAAUUUCAUUCUCACUUUCUAAAGAAGAUGAGUUUUUGUAGAGACGUAUGAUUUUAGGGUUAAAUUAAGGGAUCACGGGAAAAUAAAAUUCCACGAAAGUACAUCGAUUUCUAAACACCGCUGGGUUAAGUCUACAGUUAGGUCUACUGUAAACCGAAAUGGCAUGAACCCAGUAAAGCUCUUAUGCUACAGUAGAGACCUGUCGACAGAUAUAUGCAAAUACAGAUUUAUCGCAACGAUGUUUAGAAGUAGACGCUCCUUUCUGGGAAACGAGAAAAUCGCUCUAUAGAAAUCAGAUCUUUAUUUGUUGGACGGUGUUAUCCACAUUAGAUGGCUAGAUUUCUAAAUAUGGGGAGUUCCCCGUUGAAACAACUGCGACCUCUCCGCAUCUCAUUAACAAUCGUACGCGAAAUGAUGCGAGUGGUCUCGAGAGUGCCCGCUGAGAAAUUGUAAUAUAUAAUUGAUGAACAUCCAAUAUUAUUUCGAUGAAAAAAACUGUUCACAAGCUGCCUUGCGGAAGAACUUUCAUGUUCCAAUUCGAGAAUCGAUCGGCGCGUGGAAUAAAGGGUGGAAAGAAGCAUGUGGAGCAUGUCGAACGUUUCAUAAUUGUUGCUGGUCGUCGAGAAACUGUGAACCAGAACAGUUUACCUAUCAGUUAUUAAUAAAAGUGGAGUAAGACGCUGAA